AUGCCUGCACAAGAAGUAGUUGUGCCACAACCGCCGGUAACCGAGGGCGAAGAGAAUGUUCCCUCAUCACAGCCAAUCGUGGGCAUCAUUUAUCCUCCUCCAGAGGUUAGGAAUAUUGUUGAUAAAACUGCUAGUUUUGUUGCUAGAAAUGGGCCAGAGUUUGAGUCUAGGAUUAGACAGAAUGAGUUGGGCAAUCCUAAGUUUAAUUUCUUAAACUUUGGUGAUCCUUACCAUGCCUAUUAUGAGCAUAAGGUGAAGGAAUCCAAGGAAGGUAAAGGUCAGGAGCCUAUAAUAGGAUCAGGUCCUGGAAAAACUGUUAAUCUUAGUGCACAUCAAAAGCAACAAGAGAUCUUGAAGCAAGUUGAACAGCCAUUUAUACCCAAAGACCCACCUGCUGAGUUUGAAUUUAUAGCAGAUCCUCCUUCAAUCUCAGCCUUAGAUUUAGACAUUGUAAAAUUAACUGCUCAAUUUGUAGCACGUAAUGGAAGACAAUUUCUAACCAAUCUGAUGAAUCGUGAACAAAGGAAUUUCCAAUUUGAUUUUUUACGUCCACAACAUUCCUUAUUUCAGUACUUCACUAAGUUAUUGGAGCAAUAUACUAAGGUAUUGAUUCCACCUAAAGAUUUGUUGCCACGUCUACGAGAUGAGUCGUUCAAUAUGGAUAAGAUCUUGGAACAAGUGAAAUAUCGUGCUGAAUAUUUGAAAUAUCAAGAAGCACAAAGGCGUAAGGAGGAAGAGGAAUUAGAAAGGGAGAGGGUUGCUUAUGCGCAAAUUGAUUGGCAUGAUUUCGUCGUUGUCGAAACCGUAGAUUACCAACAGUUCGAAGUCGGUAAUUUUCCAGCUCCAACAACACCGGAUGAAGUCGGCGCGCGUGUUCUUAUGCAGGAACGUAUUGAAGACGGCGAAGACGUGGAGAUGCAAAUCGAUAGUGAAGGAGAAGAUGAUAUGCAGAUGCGUACAGAAGGCGAAAAAGAUCGUGCAAAAGAUAACAAUCAAGUGCAAGAUAUGGAGGAAGAUUCCAGCGACGAAGACGACGUGUCACCACCAGGAGGUGAUAUCCACAAAUCUAAAGAAUCUAAGCCGCGCGAUACUAACAUGCAGCCACCUCCUUUGCCACCUACUCCAGGAAACGUAGUGGUCAAGAAGGGAUACGAUCCGAAACAACACGCGGUUAAAACAACUCGUCCUGCUGCUCCGGAUGAAUAUCUGAUCUCGCCGAUUACCGGUGAACGUAUACCCGCUAGCAAAGUGCAGGAACACAUGCGCAUUGGAUUGCUGGAUCCACGCUGGGUCGAACAGCGAGACAAGCAUCUGGACAAAUUAGCACAAGAAACCGUGUUCGCGCCCGGCACAGCAAUCGAAGCUAGUCUCAAGCAACUCGCUGAGAGACGUACUGAUAUAUUCGGUGUUGGUGACGAAGAAACUGCUAUUGGUAAGAAAAUCGGUGAGGAGGAUAAGAAGAAGGAUGAUAAAGUCACAUGGGACGGACAUACCUCGAGUGUGGAAGCUGCAACUAGAGCUGCGCGCGCCAAUAUCACCCUGGAGGAGCAGAUUCAUCAGAUACACAAAGUUAAGGGUCUGCUACCGGACGAGGAAAAGGAGAAAAUCGGUCCGAAACCUGUGAACCGUGCAACCGAGCUUUCUCACAUGGCAGCUGCCGCUUCAAAACCGCAAGCCACGUUGAAAGCACCACCGAAACCUCCAGCACCGAAGCCCAUACCGGUUCCUGCUCAACCACCUCCACCACCGACAAUGAGCAUGCCGACUAUGGGUAUACCGCAGCCGAUGAUGCCGCAACCGCCGAUGAUGAUGAUGGCACCCAUGCCACCUAUGGCACCUAGACCACCACCUUUGAUGACUCCAGCAAUGUCUCCGUUCAUGCCAACACCACCGCCGAUACAACCGCCAAUGGGACCACCUCUUGGAAUGAAACAUCCUGCUAAACCAAUGGAAGAAGAGCCACAAGCUAAAAAACUGAGAACCGAGGAUUCAUUGAUUCCAGAACAACAAUUCCUUGCCAGGAAUAAGGGUCCCAUACAAAUUAAUAUUGCGGUGCCUAUGAUGACAGAGAAGGCUGAAUGGAAACUGAACGGACAAACGCUGAAUAUUACCUUGCAAUUGAGCGAUACCGUGUCAACCAUGAAGGCACUGAUUCAUGAGCAAACUGGCAUGCCUCCUGGCAAACAAAAACUGCAGUAUGAGGGAAUGUUCUUCAAAGACAGUAAUACUCUCGCAUAUUAUAAUUUGAGUUCGGGUAAUAUUAUCAACUUACUACCAAAAGAAAGAGGUGGUAGAAAGAAGUAAGGUAAACAACUAUAUAAAAUAGUACUAUACAGUUAAAUAUAUAACAUAUAUAUUAUAAAAGUUGCAUCACUAUGAUGAGAUAAUAUAAGGGAGGUAAGUUUUUCUGGCACAAUAAUUAUAUAAUUAUAAUCACAUCAUCUUUUAAAGAGAAUAAAAAAUAUAUAAUUAAAAUAUA